UGCCAAAUAAUAUCAAUCAGUCCCUCCAGAUUCUUGAGAAUUAUCAUGGAAAUUCACACAAAGUCAACAAAUCCCCAAAUCUUUUGUGCUUGUAAUUGGGAGUUUAUUGCAGAUUUUUCUCAAAAGUUGUCAAAAACAGUUGCUUCAUCCUUAAUUGAUGUCGGAUUAUAGUUCAUAAUCUAUACAGCAAGUAAUAAAAAGUCACAUUUACUGUCAUAAAUAAGCGCAAAUAUUUCUAAAUUAGUACCACAAAGACUUUGAUUUUUAUUGCAAAAACUCACAAAAAGUAUCACAAAAUCUUGUAGGGACUGAAAAGCUGUUAAAUGGUAUUUAAUUUUAAGGAUUCAUUGAUAGAAAAUGAAAGGCAUUUUAUUGUUGAUUCUAUGUUGCAUUGUAUUUUUGUGUUUGAUUUGAUGCUCUUUGAAAUGCCUUGCUGCUGAAAUGUGCUAUACAAAUAAAGUUUGGUUUGGUUUGAUAGUUUAACGGUUUCUGAACAGGUAUUAUCAGUACAUUCUGGCACAAACGGCCCUUUAAGAGUUUUCAUGAUGUUGGUUUGACCCAAAACAAAAAUGAGUUUGACACCCUGAUCUAGUGGAUGUUUUGGUGAACAAGUUGCAAUUUUAUGGUUUUCUAAAAAUAAUCUGACAUUUAGAGCAUCCAUCUUAAACUCAAUAUUAUGAAUUGAGUCAGCAACCAUUCCCAGAUUUGACGAAUAAGCAUAAAAAAACCUGUUACUUUGGCAGCUUGAAACUCUUAAACAUAAUCCGUCAUAAAGUAACGUGGCUCAUAUUUCACUUUUAUGGCUGAGUCGAGGUUUUCAUCUCAGCAAAAUUGUUCUCAUUUACAAGAGGAAGGUGGAACGACGACAUCCGAGCCACGGCUGCCCACCGUCACUGGUGAUGGAUGGGUGGAUAAAUAAUACAGAAGGAGGGAAAUAGAAAAUGAAAGGACAGACUCUUUAUUAAUGGAUGGCCUGUACCAAAACAGAUGGAUGGGGGGAUGGGAGGAAGAGGGUUUGGGGAAUUUGAAGAGAAACCUCGUGAUCUUUGCUUUUACCCAUGUAGCGCUCCUUGGUAAUAGACAGAAAAGAGGUCAUAAUGUUCAUGAAUGCCCAAAAAUUGACAGUUUUUCUGCAACCCAUUUGUCCAUUUAUGUGUCCAACCCAAAGAGGAUUCCCUCCUACUUUGACCUUAGGUGGAGGUAAAAGAGUUAUUCCUGAAGACUCUUUCCUCCGCCUUGCUCUCGCUCUGAUUUCUAUUAAUCAUUUAGCGACACUAAUUAGAACCUUUGUUAUCGCAGAUUGCCCUCAAGCCACUUAUAUCUCCACUGCCUUUCAUUUUCAGAUCCUGCUCUUCCUUCCUCCCCCGGGAGGCGUAAAUCAGUCAUUCCUUCACCACUCCGUCCUCCACGGACUGGUUAUAGGGAUUAAAGGCUAAUUGAGACUUAAUUGAAUAACAGAUUAGGACAUGUUCGUAUUGUACUCUUAUGUUUUUACUCAGGUUUUUGGAGAUAAUUAUUGUCGCUUCAUGUUGUUCCUGUCUGUUUUUAACUGUGGCUCAUUAUUAAAGAAGAUGGAUAUUUCUGAAGUGAUGUUCUUGUGUAAAAGUUUUGUCAUUUCAGCAACAAGGCAGUUCAAAGUGUUUCACAUGGUGGAACAUACAAUUAAACACAAAGCAAAAAACCCCAUUGUAUUAGAGUAAGAACAAAUAGAAGAAAUUAAUCUAUAUUGCACUUAUUAUUAGUUAAAGAAAGAUCUAAAAAGCCUUGAUUUAAAGGAUCUGUGUUUCAGUAGUUCUGAAGUUUUCUUGGAAGUUUGCUCCAAAUUAGAGGAGUGUAAAAACUAAAUGCUGCUUCUCUAUGUUUGGUUCUGGUUCUGAUUCUAGUUCAGGUGAACCAGAAGAUCUGAGUGGUUAAUACAACAACAGCAGAUCUUUAAUGUAUUUUGGUGCUAAGCUGUUCAGUGAUUUAUAAAGUAACAGAAGUAUUUUGAAGCAUAAUCUCUGAGCUACAUUACAAAAGUGAGCAAAACUUUGUCAGUAUUCCACUAAUGUCAGAAACAAAGGCAAUUUUGCAACUGUGUUGUUUCCAUUAAAUAUGAAAUGCAAUUAAAAUAAGUGAAUAAGUUUAUUCAUGUGAUAAGUCAUAAUCCUCCAAUUACUUCCUGUUAUGGUCUACUUUGUGGUUUCUGCCAGUGGCAACAUUCAAGUGUUUCCAUUGCAGUUUAUGCAAAAUAAACCAAUUUUGGUAUGGCCAAAAGAAAAAACACACCUCAUUCUAGCGCCAAAACGAGGUUUUUCAAAAUUGGCAUUUUCCCAUUAAGUGAAUUUACGUUCAAAAUGUAUAAUCAACCAAUUAUAUAGUCCAUGGAAACUCAACUAUUUUUUAAAUGCCAAUAAAGAUAAAGAAAUGCUUGAGUUUCUCUAGAUCUUGCUCGGACACUUUGUCUUCUGGUGAUAUAAAGCCAGCUUUGUAACCGUCUUUAUGUGUCUCUGAAUGUUCAGACCUGAUCUCAACUUUCUAGUAAGAACUGAAGUUGCCUCUAGAUUGUUUAUCUUUAGAUCCAAAGCUAAUCACUUCGCUUUUGUUUCUGUUCAGCUGGAGAAAGUUUUGGCACAUCCAUGCAUUUAUUUAUCUGUUAGCAUCUGUUCAGUGAUUGAAUUGAUUCAGAGACACCUGAUGACAUCAUAAUCAUAUUGUUACAAUCUGAGCUAGCGGGACCAUGUCGAUAUAAACGCAAUGUCACGCAGCCACCACAAGAGGCGCUCUAACUUCGAAUUAUCCACUUUGGUAAAUUGAAAAUAAAUUGAAUUUUAUAAGCUCACGACUGUUUAAAUUAAGAUUAGACAAUAAAUUAUUUUUGAUUUGGGUCUUGGUAGGAGAGGAAAGCCUAGACUUUGGGUAUUUUUUUCCCUACAAAUCGACUUUUUCACCAGGAUUUUGUGUGUAAUGAUACAUCAGUGUCCAAUGAGCUCCACAGGUAAUCGAUCAGAGAAGAGUGUGAACUCCAUAUCUCUUCUUCUUCUCUUUUUAUUAAACACCUCCAUGCUAUAAGCAGAUUGGGAGUCAGCAGGUGUGUGUGUGUGUGUGUGUUUUGACUUUAGGAGGGGGGAUGGGUGGCAUCACCGUUUCCAUAGAAACAACAUGUUGUAAAGAAAAAUGACUGUAAUUUGUAUGGUUUCCGUAGCAACAGACAACACAAAAUAGAAAGUUGUGCCAGGUUAGGAAAUAAACCCAUUUUUUUUUCCCAACACCAUGUUGGAUCUGAAUUGUUAGAUUUCUCCUGAUCUGCUAAGAAAUCCGACACAACAGUUUUAUUUGUGUCUCUGCAUCAGAGAGGGUGAAAAGCAGGAGGCGGAGCAGAAAGAGCAGCAAAGGAGCCCGAUCAAGAUCGGAUUUCUGGCUUAAAGGGCGUUAAUUAGCGGUGUCUGGCUGGGUGUGUGGGCUGGAGAUGCCACGAUGAAGGGGAAAUAAAAGGCACAAGGAGGAAGACACGCUGCAGAGGGAAUCCAGAUAGGGCUGAUCUGGGUUGCAUGCAGCCGGCGUCCUUUUCAUUGCGUGCACCGCAUCACUCACCGACCCGCACAUUCACCCAGCUGGACCACCCUUCAGACUGCGUGGUGACUUGAUGUUGCAGGGCGGAGCUGGAGCGUCUUAUCUGCAAGGUUGGUCCCCGCAACUGCGUGCAAAGUGAUUGUUUGGUGAGUUUUCUCGGAUCAUGAGGAGUUGCUGAGAUUUUUCUGUUGCGCACGCAGCCUGCAGAAGGCAUCAGUUUUGCUUCGUAACCGCAGCGGAUGAGAAAACUCCGCGAAAAGAGCGAGCAGAUUGGGAUUAUCCCCCGGCUGCUGACCUCCUGCUCCUGGGGAAGAUUUCUCCCCACGCCCGGCGCCUUCUCCUCUUACCCACCGAUGCGUCCGGCGGCCCCUGAUGCUCGGCGGCGCUCCGGGGCUUUCCGGUCGGUGGGAGAGGCUCGAGCCGCGGCCGCGCGCCGGUAGGAUGCUGCGCCAGGUGUUGCACGCGGGACUGAGGACGUCAUUCCACGCGGUGGGCCGGUUCGUGGCCGGUCACGCGGUGUUCUUCGCCUCGGCGCCCGUUCUGCUGGCCAUCCUGCUGGGGGCCAGCUUCAGCCGCUACCGCGUGGAGGGGGACGUGGAGAGCCUGCUGGCGCCCAAGCACAGCCUGGCCAAGAUCGAGGGCAACCUGGUGGAGAGCCUGUUCCCCGUGAACCGAUCCAAGCACGCGCUCUAUUCCGACCUGCAGACACCUGGACGCUACGGGCGAGUGAUCGUCACAGCCCGAAGGGGCAGCGUGCUGGACCCGGUUCACCUGGAGACCAUUCUACAGCUCCACAGGCGGAUCUACCAGAUGCAGGUGACGGUCCCGGCUACGACGGUGGGCUCAAGCGGCUUCAACUACUCCUUCUCCUACCUCUGUCUCCCCGACGACAAGAACGUCUGCAUCGUGGACGACAUAAUCCGGGCCAUGGAGGAGAUCCAGUCAGCCCGGACUUCCAACCGAAGCGUCCCGGUUCUGCACUACCCCAUCACACAGCUUGCGGACGGAAGGCAAGCGUACAUCGGGCACCAGCUGGGCGGCGUGCAGGGCUGGGGACACGGCGGGGCGGUGCGACCCCAAGGGACGGGAGCCAAAGGGGAAGGCGCCCGUUCUGCAAAAGCGGUGCAGCUCACCUACUACCUCCAAUCCCGAAGCGGGCUGAUGGAUCGGGUGGCGGGUCGGUGGGAGAACGCCUUCUGUGCCGAGCUGAAGCUCUUUGGAGCGUCGCAUCCCAAACUGGGGCUUUAUCCCUCCACGUCUUCCUCGCUGCGGACUGACUUCCAGUUCUCCUCCGUGCUGGCACGGCGCCCCCUGCUGGCGAGUUUGGGAGUGUGCGGGGUGCUGGCCAUCCUCUGUUGCUCCAUGAGGGACUGUGUGAGGUCCAAACCGUGGCUGGGUAUGCUGGCUCUGCUGUCCGUGGCUCUGUCAGGGCUCACUGCUGCUGGUAUCCUGAACCUGACCGGAGCUACAUACAACUCCACUUACCUGGGAAUCCCCUUCGUCAUGCUAGGCCACGGUCUCUUCGGCUCCUUUGAGAUGUUGUCAUCAUGGAGGCGAACGCGGGAGGAUCAGCACGUAAAAGAGCGCGUGGCAAGCGUCUUUGAGGAUGUCAUGCUGCGUUUCUCCGGCUCCACCAUGAUCCAUCUGAUGACGUUGGGUCUGGCUGCCUCGCCGCUCACCAACAUGGAGGCCGUCCGCCUCUUCUGCCGCACCGCUGCCCUCGCCAUCACCAUCAGCUACAUCUACAUGUUAUCCUUUUACAGUUCCUGCCUGGUGUUUACAGGCUACUUGGAGACGAGGUAUAGACAUGGCUGCUUCUGUCGGCGAGUACCAAAGCCAGACCGGCUGGAUUCGAAACCAGCUUGGUACCGGUGUUUGAUGUACACCCGUUACCAAGAUGAGACUCAAUCAACCAACCCGCUUCAUGGAGUUGGUCAGAAUCAUAUGUCAAAUCCUAACGUAACUCACGUGGCAAACAGUUCUGGUGUUCAUGGACACAUGGCUAACUCCAUACAAACGCACUCGCCCCAUCACACUCAUUCAACAACAAACGCAGAUCCUCACCCUCAGGACUGCCAUCUUUUGCUGGGAUGUGUUCGGCAUUGCUAUGGAGACUGGAUCACCAACACUUACGUCAAACCCUUCGUAGUUUUACUCUAUCUGGUUUACAUCUCCUUUGGAUUGAUGGGCUUUCUUCAGGUGACCCAGGGUUCUGAUCCCAGUGCACUGGUUGCCACGGAUACAGCAACAGUGUUGUACACACGUGCGCAGCAUCGGUACUUCAGCUCUUACUCGCCAGUGAUUGGAUUCUAUAUCUAUGAAAGCGCCCCCUACUGGAACGCCUCGGUGCAGCGGGACCUGCUGGAGUACGCCAAAGGCUUCCAGAGGAUCAGCUGGCUGGAGGCGUACCUGAGCUACCUGUCCGACCGCAACCAGUCCACCAGCCAGCCUCGCGAGAACUUCACCCGCACACUGCGCCACUCCUUCCUUCACGAACCGCAGUUCGCCCACUUCGCAGACGACAUCAUCUUCGCAGAGCGCGGACAAGGGGAGGAGCCAGACGUGGCGGCCUCGCGUAUCUUCUUGGUCGCCAAGACAACGGAGAACAAGCGGGAGGAGAUGUCGGUUCUGCUGGACACUCUGCGCCGUCUGUCUCUCACCUCUCGGGUUCGCUUCCUGAUAUUCAACCCCUCCUUUGUGUACUUGGACCGGUACGCGACGGCGGUCAGCUCCCCCCUCAGACACUCACUGCUGGCGGUGCUCUUCCUGUUGGGUCUGUCCUCUCUGGUUGUUGUGGAGCCGCUGGUCUCCCUGUGGCUUGGACUCACCCUUCUCUCUGUCCAGUUUGGGGUUCUGGGCUUCAUGACUUUGUGGGGCGUGGAGAUGGACUGCGUCUCGGUACUGUGCCUGAUCACGGCUUUGGGUCACUCGGCGGACUCCAGCGGCCCCCUCCUCUGUGGCUUCGCCUCGGGCCGCGGUGAAAGCAGGACUCGCUGGGUUCGCUUGGUGUUAGAGCGACACGGCAUUCCCUCCCUACAGACGCUUGUGUGCUACAGCGCCGCCCUGGUGCCCCUCUGCGCUGUGCGCUCCAACCUCACUCACACACUCUUUCGCUGCCUCACUCUGACGGCCGGGUGCUCGGCCCUGCACACACUGGCCUUCCUGCCCACCCUCCUCACCUUCCUCCCUCCCUCCAAGAGCAGGAACCAUCGGCCAGGAAGAGAGGGCCAGAGGCAGGAAGUGGAGUGUGUUGAAAUGAAUGACAGCACCAGAGUAGUGGACCAGAUCACCACUGUUUGAGCAUGUAGAAGUUGAAAGAUUAGCAAAAGGGGCAGUAUUAUGUAAAAUCACCUUUUUUUAGCUUUACAUCAGGUUAUGAUGUCAUUCCCUCAUCACAAACAUACCUGGAUUGUUGCCUUGAUUCUUUAAUGCAUGUUUGAGAAAUCCUCUAAUCUCCAUGGAAACCAUUCUGCUGUUCAAAACACCUGAUUGGACAUAGCCCCCCCACCCCCUCAAGGUGCAUCUCCUCCCCCACUCAACUCCUUCAGACUAGCCUGCAGCAAUUAGCAAACACCUGGUGGAAAUGCAUAUCUGGUGGAGCUACUUUUUGAUGCAACGCUGGUAAAAACAUUGUUAGAGGAUUUAUAGAGGAGCCAUAUUGUGAUAACUUCUUGAAAGCCAAGUUUCAGAAAGAGCAGAAGUUUCUUAAAGAGACAGAAGCCCAAUUUCAAGGCGCUAAAUUAGGAAAUCUAAUUUCUCUGAAGUCAUACAGCAUUUUGAAGCUAACGUGGUUACUUGACUGUGCUACAAAAUGGCACUAAAAUACAUAAUACUGCCUCUUUAACCAGGAAAAAUCUGAACUGUAGACCAUAAGGAGGAGAAAGGCAGGCCCUGGAUGAAAUGUUUAUUGGUGGGGCGAUGCGGCAUGUAAAUCAGUUUUCUCCCAAUCACAGGAUCGAAAAUGUGCCUGGAUGUAAACACUUUUCACUUUAGAACUUGCUUUAGAUUUGACCCUUUACUGCCUACUGCUGUAUUGACUUUCUGUUUGGCAUAUCAUGUUGCACAAUUUCAGCUUGGAUGACCUGAGGUAAUCCUCUGUAUUACUUAGUAUUUCUACUUUAAUGCUGGACAAAUAAAGUCAGAAUAACAGACCGUAAUGUUUGUGUUUGCCUCUUUUGCAUUUAGAAAUGCUUCAACUCUUGUUUCAACUGAUAGCUGCACAAAGAAACUUUAUUGAAUUGGCAGCUUUGUUGAUCAGAUGAUACUUUGUGGGCACUAAUGUAUUUCUGAUUUUUAUUAUAACAUUGGAAAGAAAACACUAAAUUUUCUCAGAAUAUAAUUUAAGAUUUUUUAGUAUUUUUUGUCUAACUUGACAUAAAAACCAACAUGCAGGUUAUUUUUCUAACUCAAAACAGUGAUUACUUCUAGUAUUACUUAUUUCCUGAUUGUAAAAUUAUUUUUGUACUUGUGAAAGUGUGGCAUUAUGAAAGUGAG